CACAGAAUAGCCAUCAAAACUGGCCAAUCUGAUUCGCUUAUUUUGAAAGAGAGGCAAAUCUGCAAAAUUGGAAUUUAAACUUUCGCGCAAUAAAAAAAAUAAUAAACCUUGCUUAAUAACAACAGCGGUAGUGAUUCUAAAAAAAAUGAAUUCAACAUUCCCUAUUUUAUUUAAUUCAAAGUUAAUUUUUGAAGAUAAAAAUGUUAUUCAAUUGCGAGCAUCAAUUAAAUCAGAAGAUGAAGCGAACCAAUGGGUAGAAGAAUAUGGACAUAAAACGCACACUAGAUGGCUAAAGUCAUACAAGCUGAAUGAACCUACAAGGCUUGUGGCACAUAGAAAAUAUCAAUGUCAACAUUCAAAACUAAAUAAAGAAAUUAAAUCAAGGAAAAACACAUACUGUGUAGCUGAAAUUGAUAUCAAAAUCAAAAAAGUAAAUGCAAAUACUAAGAAAAAUGAUCAAUAUCUAAAAGAAGAACCUCCCCUUAGUGGAGUUAUAGUAGUUCAUAAAAACCAUAACCAUAACAUUGAAUGUGCAGAUUCGAUGAAAUACUUACCAGUGUCAUCAGUUACAAAAAAACUUUUUUAUAACUAUUUUAACAGUGGAUUAAGUCCAGCUCAAGCAAAACGUAUACACACAGAUAACUUUAUUUAUCAUGAAAAUGGCUCCUUUCUUUUGGCAGAUGCCUCACUUAAUCCUUCAUCACGUACAAUUUAUUAUUUAUACAAUUUAUGGCAAGAAAAACAUUUUGCUCUUAAAAAUCCUUUAGAGAUGUUAAAGAAUAAAAGAAAUGUAUACUUAGAAUCAGGAGCGUUGGUGACAGUUAUUGAAGAAGAUCUGAAAUGGUCUGUACUAGUGAUCACUGAAGUGAUGCAAAGGAAUCAACUAAGAAAAUCUUCUUCCGAAAUUGUGUUUGUAGAUACUACCUCAUCUUGUGAUAUCUCACAAACAAAUGUUACAAUUGUGUCUACAUCAAGUUCCGCAGGAUGUAUCCCUAUUGCUAUUCUAUUUCAUGCUAAUAAAACUGAAGAGAAUUAUGAGCAAGCAUUCAAACUUCUUAAAUUAGAAUGCCCAAGAUGUUUUGGAGGAUCUGAGGAGCCCCAAGUUUUUAUGCUGGAUGACUCAAGUGAAGAAAAAAAUGCACUAAGUUCUGUAUGGCCAACAGCAACAAUGUUAUUAUGUUAUUUUCAUGUAUUACAAGCACAAUGGCGUUGGUUGCUUAAAAAAGCUGCAAAAACUGAUCGUCAAAAACUUUACCAUUUGUUUAAAAAUAUUAUGUAUGCUGAUACAAGCGAAAAACUUGACUUAUCGUUACACCAAUUAAAAAAGAAAGUUUGA